AUGAAGUCGGCUGGUCUGUUUCUGCUGCUGUUCUUCUGUUUGUCCCCAGUCGUUAUUAAGGGACAGUUGGUUGUUUCUGUCCCCCAGGAGGAUGAUGUCAGGAUGGGGGGUGAGGAUUUUAGGACAAGGGCUGACGUCCCACCAGAGCUUCCCGUCCUCUGGGACGAGCUGCGGGGUUUGAAGGAGCUAGUCCUGAGCCUGAAAGCAGUGGAGGUGGAGCAGCGUCAGGCCCUGCGGAGCAUGGAGAGUCGGCUGAGAGACGGGGAGGUGGAGGCUGAGCAGCAGAAACACAGUCUGGACGAACUGGAGGAGACAGCGGUCCAUCAGGGGGAGGAGCUGAGGAGGGCAGAGACUGACAGGAAGCUGCUGAUGGAGCAGAACUCAGACCUGAGGAGGAAGGUUGAGGAGCUGGAGGAGCAAAGCAAAGUUCGAGCCGCUGAGCUUUCAUCUGCAGUGUCGACGCUUCAGUUCAGACUGAACAAAAGCGAGAGCUCAUUGGACGAACUGCAGAAGAAGAACACAGUUCUGGCAGCGGAGCUACCGUUCCUGCAGACAAGACUGAGGGCGACUGAGAGCACGGUGGAGCAGCUGAGGAGGAAGAGUGCAGCAUUCUCCAACAGUUCAUCUGAAGUGUCUGAGCUGGAGGAGCUGAGCAGGAACACACAAGCUCUGCAGAGUCGACUGAACUCUCUGGAGGAGAAACUGAACUCAUCUGCUGAGAGAAAUGAGCUCCGUUUCAUACGAGAUCAGGUAUCAGAGAUCAGCAGCAGACUGAACAGCAGCGAACUUCACCUGGAGGAGCUGAAGAGAAAAUCUGCAGAUCAGACAGGGGGACUGAAGUCUGUAGAGAGACAACUGGAGGAGCUGAAGACACAAGACACAAAAAAAUUUCAGUCAGCAGAUGUUUCGGCUCUGACUGACAGACUGAGUGUGGGUGAACAUCGACUGGAUGAGCUGAAAACACAAUCCACAGUUCAGGCUGAUACAGUGAAGCAGCUGCAGGUCAGACUUGACUCUGCUGAGAGUCAAAUACAGCAGCUACAGACUGACAGGAAAGAUCAAAACAACAAACUAAAGAUGCUGCAGAGAAAACUGAACACGACUGAGAGUCUGCUGGACAAAAUGAACGCAGAGUUGGAGGUCAGACUGAGUGUCAAUGAGACACAGCUGGAAGAUCUGAAGACAGAAAAUACAGAACUGGCGGUCAGGCUGGGUGUCAGUGAAAAACAGCUGGAAGAUCUAAGGACAGAAAACACGGAGUUUGAGGUCAGACUGAGUGUCAGUGAGAAACAGCUGGAGGAUCUGAAGACAGAAAACACAGAGUUAGAGGUCAAACUGAGUGUCGAUGAGAAACAGCUGGAAGAUCUGCAGAGAGAAAACACAGCUCAUUCUGUUCAGCUUUCCCUGAUGGAGUCCAGACUGACAGCCAGUCACAACAACAGUACAGCUCUGGAGGUCGGCCUAAAAUCCACUGAGACACAGCUAAAACAACUGGAGAAUCACAGUGCAGCUCUUGAGGUCAGACUGAGCGUCAGUGAGAAACAACUGGAAGAUCUGAAGACAGACAUUACAGAGUUGGAGGCUAGACUCAAUGUCAGUGAGAAACAGCUGAAAGAUCUGAAGACAGAAAACACAGAGUUGGAGGUCAGACUGAGUGCCAGUGAGAAACAACUGGAAGAUCUGAAGACAGAAAACACAGAGCUGGAGGUCAGACUGAGUGUUAGUGAGAAACAGCUGGGAAAUCUGAACACAGAAAACACAGUUCAGUCUGCUCAACUUUCCUUGAUGAAGUCCAGACUGACAGACAGUCACAACAACACUACAGCUUUGGAGGUCAGACUGAGAUCCACCGAGACACAGCUGCAACAGCUGGAGAAUCACAGUGCAGCCCUGGAGGUCAGACUGGGCGACAGUGAGAAACAACUGGAAUAUCUGAAGACAGAAGACACAGUUCAGUCUGCUCAACUUUCGUUGAUGAAGUCCAGACUGGCAGACAGUCACAACAACACUACAGCUUUGGAGGUCAGACUGAGAUCCACCGAGACACAGCUGCAACAGCUGGAGAAUCACAGUGCAGCUCUGGAGGUCAGACUGGGCGACAGUGAGAAACAACUGGAAUAUCUGAAGACAGAAGACAGAGCUCAGUCUGUCCAACUUUCCUUGAUCCAAUCCAGACUGACAGACAACCACAACAACACUGCAGCUUUGGAGGUCAAACUAAGAUCCACUGAGACACAGCUGGAGAAUCACAGUGCAGCUCUGGAGGUCAGACUGAGCGACAGUGAGAAACAACUGGAAGAUCUGAAGACAGAAAACACAGUUCAGUCUGUCCAGCUGUCCUUAAUGAAGUCCAGACUGAAAGACAGCCACAACAACACUACAGCUCUGGAGGUCAGACUGAGAUCCACUGAGACACAGCUGAAACAGCUGGAGGAUCACACUGCAGUCCAUGCAGCCAACCUGUCAGCUGUCAGUCUGAGACUGGAUGUCACUGAGGGUCAGGUGGACAGAUUGAGGACAGAAAACACAGACAGAGUGACAGCAGCUGAGAGAAACACUGAAGAGUUGCAGGUCCAGCUGAGAGUCACUGAGGCUGCAGUGAAUGAGCUGAAGACACAGAACAAAGCUCUGCUGACACAAAUCAACUCCAGACUGGAAGCUGCUGAGAACCUCGACUCAGUGCUGCAGUUCAGACUGAAUGCCACUGAAAACCAGCUGAAGAGACAAAUCGAAGAUAUACAGACCAAACUGAGAGUCAGAGACGAUUUGAUCCACGAGCUGCAGAGUAACUUUACAGCUUACAGCUUUGAUCUAUCAACUUUGAGAACUCAAACUAAAGAUCUAGAGAGACAACUGAGUGAUGCUGACCGCCUGAUGAUGAAGUUACAGACUGAAAGUUCAGUUCAGUCCGUUCAACUUGCCUCGAUGGAGUCCAGACUGACAGACAGCCACAACAACACUACAGAGUUGGAGGUCAGACUAAGUGUCAGUGAGAAACAGCUGGAAGAUCUGAAGACAGAAAACACAGUUCAGUCUGUUCAACUUUCCUUGAUGGAGUCCAGACUGACAGACAGUCACAACAACACUACAGCUCUGGAGGUCAGACUGAGAUCCACUGAGACAUGGCUGGAACAACUGAAGGGUCACAGUGCAGAGUUGGAGGUCAGACUGAGUGUCAGUGAGAAACAGCUGGAGGAUCUGAAGACAGAAAAAACAGUUCACUCUGUCCAAAUUUCCUUGAUGGAGUCCAGACUGACAGACAGUCACAACAACAGUACAGCUCUGGAGGUCAGACUGAGAUCCACUGAGACACAGCUGGAACAACUGGAGAAUCACAGUGCAGAGUUGGAGGUCAGACUGAGUGUCAGUGAGAAACAGCUGGAAGAUCUGAAGACAGAAAGCACAGAUGACCUGAAGGUGGCGUUCUCAGCUGGUCUGACUGAUUCAGGAUCAGUCGGACCGUUCAAUGAGGAGAGGACUCUUAUCUUCUCCAAAACCAUCACCAACAUUGGCCGAGCCUACAACCAGACUGCAGGCGUGUUCAUAGCUCCUGUCAGAGGACUUUACUUCUUCAGCUUCACGGCUGCAGAUUACCUGAAGGGUUACAUGGGAGUCUACCUGUACAGGAACAACCAGCCAAUACUCUUCAACCUGGACCUGAAUGACCACGGCGGCUAUGCCUCUACGUCCAACGGCGUGGCUCUGCAGCUGGAGCAGGGUGACAAGGUCCGCCUCAGUCUUCCGGCCAGCUACCGGCUCUAUGACGACUCCCGAAACUUCAGCGUGUUCUCGGGCUUCCUGCUGUUCCCCCUCUGACAAGACAGAC